CGCCUGCCCCCCGAAUACCUUCCCGAGACACUCCUGUUUCUGUUCUUAUUUUCCGUAGCUUCGCCUGGUCAGCUGUGGCUGAGCAACCAGGCAACAUUACGAGUUGACUCGCCUUAUAGACACAAGAACCCCCGGUGAGCUUAUGCGCGUUCGGCUGUCACCUCGUUGCGUGUGGGACGAGACCACCACGAAUGGUUUGCAGCACAUUUAGUCUCGCCUACUGGGACGCCGGCAGCUAAUACAGCAUGGCGUCCAUCAACAAGCACCCGAGCCGGUUCGAACUGACCGCCGUUUACCAACACCCGCAAGCCAAGGCCGACAUUGUUCUCGUCCACGGCCUCAACGGGGCCCCGGAUAAGACAUGGACGGCCCCGAACGGCGUCUACUGGCCCACCGACCUGCUCCCGGCCUCCUUGAAGGAUCAGCAUGCCAACGUGCUGGUGUACGGGUACAACGCCGACGUAUAUGGGGCCUUCUGGGAGCGGCACGCAAAGAACCCGAGCGACAACUUCAUCCACCAUCAUGCCCAGACCCUCGUUGCCACCCUCACACACUACCGUAAGAGCGUGGGCACCGAGCGGAACCCGAUCAUCUGGGUGGCCCACAGCCUCGGCGGAAUCGUCACCAAGCGGGCGCUGCUGUACUCGAACGAUGUACGGGAUCCGAAUCAGGAGGACCUCCGGUCCAUCUACGUCUCGACCUUUGGCAUCAUCUUCUUGGGCACCCCGCACAAUGGAUCGGACGCGGCCACUUGGGGCGGCAUCAUACAAAGAAUGGCUGACGCCGUCGUCCCGAGGAAGAUAUUUGACACCGAGUCGGUGCUGCUCAAGUCGCUAAAGAAGGACAACGAGACGCUGCAGGAAAUAUCGAACCACUUCCUGGACAUCUACCAAAAGUUCAAGAUCCAUAUGGCGCAUGAGAAUCAGAAGACAGAUGUUAAGGGGUCAAAAAUGCUGGUAGUAGAUGCUUCAUCUGCGAGCCCCCAGCUCGUCGGUGUCACGUACUACGGCAUCGAGGCUACGCAUUCCCGCAUGUGCAAGUUCGACAGCGAAAAUGCGCCGGGCUACCGCACCGUCUCCACGGCGAUCCGGGAAUGGGUCGCCGACGCCCCAAACGUCAUUCCGAUCCGUUGGGAGGUUGAAGAGGAUCAGCGUCGUGUGAGGGCGAACCUCGAGAACUUUGAGCGUUCUCGUCAGUAUCAUAGUCCUGCCCUUGUUCCUGUCGACCGCCCGCAAAUAAUAGCCCAUGGCGGUAGUGAAACGGUUUCUUCUCAUCUCCAGCAGCCGCCUCCUCUUGACGAAGGGCGCUCUGUCUCGGCGCCCCUCCUCACCGAAGCCACCAAAGAAGCUCCGUCCUCGCUCCGGCCAUCGUCUCACUCCCCCAAGCUCCUCCCCGCCAUACCCGACGCUCCGGGCGGCCUUCCGGAUCCCGACCACGAACCGCUGUUUAUCCACCCGGAAACCUUCCGCCCCAAUUCGUAUUUCGUCGGCCGCGAGGACGAGCUCCGCGGGCUGCACGAGAUGCUCAUGGACCGCAAGCGGCGCUCCGAGGGCACCUCGGCCGUGCUAAUCCAGUGUCUCCCCGGCGGCGGCAAGACGCACCUCGCGCGGCAAUAUGUCUUUCAGCACCGGAGCGAUUACCCCGGCGGCGUGUACUGGGUGCGCGCCGAUUCGCGCCAAGAGCUCGAGUAUUGGUUCUGGCGCAUCGCGCGGAACGAGGCGCUGAGGGGCCUGGUCGACCGGAAGGACGUAGACGAGCUGCGGGAUCCGAAGAAGAUUGUGCAGAUCGUGAGGCGGUGGCUGAAUUCGCAGUCGGACUGGCUGAUGGUGCUCGAUGGCGUGCAGUUCGACACGCCGGGCCUGCACGAGUUCAUACCGGACGCGAGGAACACCAGCCUGAUCUACACGUCGACGGAGCGGGCCGUGACGGGAGAUCCGCGGUUCGAUAACCCGCAGGUCAUGGAGCUGGGGCUGCUGACGGCGCAGCAAGCGCAGGAUCUGUUGUUGCUGGAACUGGAGAGAAAGCGGCCCUGGAGUGCCGAGGACCAGGCCAUGGCGCUGGAGCUUGUCGGCUUGAUGGGCAGGCUGCCGCUGAUGAUCCACGUGGCUGCGCAGCAUCUCAAGGCUACCAGGGAGCCGCUGGCGAGGUACCUGAGGUCGUAUCGGAGCCGGCCCAAGGCGGGAGACCUGCCGGCUUACAAAGCGGUGCGCGAGCAGCUGGAAAACCGGGGCGAAUAUGCGGCGCUGAACCUGAUGUCGUUGUUGGUCUUCUUUGACCAGCACAUCCCGGUCGAGAUGCUUGCGCUAGGACUCUCCGCUCUCGAUAAGGUGACUCCCGUCAAGACUCUCGACGCCAUGCACCGAAAAGCAAGUCUCAACAACACCCUCAAGGUCCUCAUUGCUUUCGCCCUUAUCGAGCGGUCCGAGAGCGAUGAUAUCUCGCCUACGAGCUCGCGCAGCUCCAAGCGCAGCUUUGACAGACAUGCGGACUAUCUCGAUCUGCUACGCAUCCACAGCGUUGUCCAAGCUUUCUUUAUUGACUCGCUGUACGAGCAGCGCCAGAUUCCUUUCUGGCUGGAGCGGGCAGUGGCCGUGUGGGCGAGGUCGUAUGACGAAGCGGACAGGAGGAUCCAGGAGGACCCUCGGGUUGGCCUCCCGGAUGACUAUCGCCGGUUCUGCAUCCACGGCGAAAAGCUGCUGAAGAACCUGAACCGGUUCGAGAAGCGAUACCCAAAGCUCUCAGUGGUCCGGUCGCCCCUGGAAGAGCGACUGAAAAAAAUCCAGGGGCAGAUUGACGACUUGUCGCAUGCUAUCCAAAAGAACAUCGUGGACGGCUCCGCGGAGGAGUACCCGGCAUCCGUCUUUGACCGGAUCAGCGCCUCCUCGCAGUCCGACGUCGCAACGAUGCAGUCUCACGGCAGUCAGCUCAGCGGCAUGGCGUCUGGAGAAAGCAGCCUGGUCCAGUCCCCGGUGUCGGAGCUGCUCGAGCAGGAGGCCCAGCUUGUCGCUCCGUACCCGACCACGCCACGGAUGCCGAUGGUGCCCGAGAUGUACGAGGAUGAUGACCAUGACACCGUCGUUCUGUCUGUGGCUGGGACGCAGGUGCAUGUUGGCGCAACCGACGAAGUCGCUCCGCUUCCGCCCGAUCCCCACGAUGCCCAUCACCCGGGCUCGUCCUUCGAUGACUGGAGAGACGCCAUCCCGCACGACAGGGUCAUUACGCGCCAGGAAGCCCGGCGGUAUCGUGACCGUGCCGGUUCAUGGAGAGACGAGACCAUUAGCGAUCCCCGGGUCGGGCUCAGCUGGGAGGUCGCCCUCGGCUCCAUCUCGGGCACGAGGGAUGCUUCGAGUCCACCGUCGAGGGCUCGCUUGACAAACCGGAGCGAAGCGGAGAUGAAGCUGAACGAGAUCAAGAAGGGAGCACCCCCGUCGCCCAAGCAGAGAGGAAGUUUCAGCUCUCAGACAAUGUUCCGACCCAAUACACUCUUGGGAAGGAACAGUUGGUCGUUGCCGCAGGCUCAGAAGGCAUCCGAUUCGGAGGUCGCGCAAGUUCCGCCCAAGGACUUCUCAGGCGGCAGCAAGCAGACCUCGUCGUCAUCGUCGUCGUCGCCCAGGAGCUGGACCGAGGCAACCCUCAAGUUGCUCAAGAAGACAGUCCUUCCCUCAAACAAACGAACCGAGAAAGGGCCUCAGGCUCAGCAACAACAGCAGCCCCAGCACCCCGAGGUUCCGCCUGAAGAAGAAGACAUGAUUCCCCCGACCGCCAUCUUCCGUGGCAGCCGCUCGGCCAAUUCGAGUCCGGCAGGGAUUGCCUCUCCCUUCCCGCCGCCGUCUUUCUCCGGCAUCCCCACAGCCGAUCUUCUCGCACGACCGGAACCGGGCGUCCCCCUUGUCGUCCGCCGCUGGGAUACAGUUGUCUAUCCCCCCGACGGCACACCGGUCACCUCGGCCGGCGUCGAAUGGUCCAGCAGUGCGGACCCGAUGUCUCUCUCGUACCCGAGCAUUCUCCCGAGUCGGCACCAGCAGCUCAACGCUCGCCCUCAGGUUCUCCUUCGCGGAAACGGCGGCGGCCCGCCCACGGGAUACUCCUCCCAGCCCAUGUCGCGCGACGGCUCGCAGCAGUCCAACCUCGGCAUUGGCGUCCACAUUCCCGCGGCGGCAGCAGCAAUCCAGUCUCCGGUGUCGCGCUCCUCGCGCUUUGCGUACACCGGCCAACAGCGCCCGCCCUCCUUCACCGAGACGGAGCCCUCGCCCAGAAUGGACACGGCUUUCUCCGACAUCGACACCUCCUACCACCGGUGGGAGCAGCACCAUUACCAGUUUCAAAAUCGCGCCGGGACCUCCCCUGCCAUGAGUACCGUGAGCUCACCGGCGGCGGCGAGCAGCAGCGCCGCCAGCAGCAGGACGGGGAAGGAGAGCAGAGGCUCGCGCUGGCGGCCCAGCAGCAGGCGCACGCGCUUCCUGCCUAUCCGGGGCGCGAGGCCGGGCCGCGGGAGCGGAAAGGCCAAGGGGGGGAGCAGUAGCAGAAGGGCGCACUCGCACUCGCCGCCGGGUUCGCCCAGUGCCGAGCUGCUGGAGGCCUGCUUCGACGAUCAGGCGCUCUCCUCCCGGCCUAUUCCCCGUACUGCUGCUGCUGCUGCUGCUGCUGCUGCUGCUGCUGCUCCCCCUCCUCCUCUCGCGUCCUCCCCCACCCCCUCGUCGUCCUCGUCCUUGCCAUCGUCGUCGACCGGCCGGGCCCGCAGCCACAGCCGCGGCCACAGCCAGGCCCGCGCCCCGGCCGCAAGGGGGUUCGGCACGCCGCCCCCGCAGCAGUACCUCUCGAGGCAGCACCAGCACCAGCACCAGCACCAGCAUCACCCGCUGGCCGAGUGGGCCGUGCCGCCCGCCGGGGCCGACACCAGCGCCGCGGGCGGCAUCAGGAUGGACGACGGGACCGUGGUCGAGUUCGGGUCGCCCGUUUUGGGCUCCGACCAGCCCUAAGAUGACUUAGGACGGGUCGGGCCCGAGUGGAUCUGGUGCCGGUCCUUGGUAUGCGAAGUGGCGGCGAUGGUGCUGCUGCGGCUUGUUAACAGCCUGAACAAGGAAGGCCGAGGAGGAAAGGGUUUUCUAAAGUAAAUGUGUGUCCGGGUUUGGUUCACGAAUUCAAAUUGGCAUGGUUAAGUAUUUAAUGUAUGGUCGAAAGCGACUAGAGCGGAUCUUUUCUUUUCUUUCUUGUUUAGUUUAGCAUUUCUGGAGGGAG